UGUCUCAACUCUCAACUCGCAUCCUAUUGUUCUGCGGACAAGAGCUAGACGUACGACCGCAUUGUAGGCCGGCGUUCGUCGAGAGACAAGGAAAUGGAGCAGUACGUCGCCCUCUUAACCUACCUACAACGGUUCGCAGAUUCGGUUUCCGCGGUGAGCUGCGACGCGGAGGCGACGGGGGAUGGCGGCAGCGAUGUCUGCCGCAACGAGGCGGCCGCGCUGCAGCUCAAGAUGGUCGCCGUCGCCGCUAUCCUUGUCUCGAGCGCCGCCGGCGUCGCCAUCCCGCUCGUCGGCCACAGGUGGCGUGGCGCGGUUCGAGCCGGUGAGGGCGGGUGGGCGUUCGUGCUCGCCAAGGCGUUCGCGGCGGGGGUGGUCCUGGGCACGGGGUACGUGCACAUGAUGCACGACGCGGAGGAGAAAUUCUUGGACCCGUGCCUCCCGGACUCGUCCCCGUGGCAGCAGUUCCCCUUCGCGGGCUCUGUCGCCAUGCUCGCCAGCCUCGUCACACUCGUGGUCGACUUCAUCGGCACACAGUUUUACGAGCGUAAGCAGCGCGAUAAGGCCGGUGCCGCCUCCGCCACAACGAGCGCCCAAGAUGAGACGGGGUCGCCAUUGCUGCAGGACGGGAGGACUACAGGGGGCCAGAAGUGUGAGGCCACCCUUGGGCACAGCCAUGCGCACGUCUACGAAGGAGUGGUGCGCAACGGCCAUGGCCACGAGAACGAGGAGGGCCCGUCCCAAGCUCGUCAAGUGGUGGUUUCACAGGUACGAACACAGUGGUUGCCUUGCCCCUCCUGUCAAGCUCAAGCAUAAUCGAUGCUGUUUUUUGGGAUAGCUUACCAAGCAAGCAUAAUCGUAAUUAACGAACUCAAAACACUAUAUCACUCUCGCUUAAUUAAUUAGUUGCUUAAGUAUGUGUGCAAGAACAAACUCUCUCAAAGCAGGCUUUCACCGAGCUUUAUAGAUAUAUCAAUCAUGCAGUUCAUACAACAAGUUCAAGUGUACCAAAGAAAAUAAUAAUGUCUGCUGGGCGUCAACACAAACACACCCAAGGGGAAUGCAAAGAAAGAAGUAAAAAGGCCGCCAAGUGGCCGGCGCCUCGGGAACUCUGAGGUGAGGCAAGGCGGCAUACGGCGACAAUCAUCGCGUCCAUCAUGCUGCCAAGCCGGUCGCUAUCCCUCGGUCUAGAUAGCGGUUGCCAACACUGCUAAACGGCCAUGAAUUUGAAUAGAGUCAGAGGCCGUAGAAGAAAAACGCGAUCAAUAAUCAUCUUGUUGCGCGUCAUCCAAAAGGAUCGACGCCAACGUCGCGAACACAAAUUAGAAGAGGCGUCUCCUCCCAAUUUUCUUGGCCCGGUAUUGGAGAAACCCAACCAGGUCCAGGGCCUUCAAGUCGGCCCCAGAGCCUCACCAGAAAAGCACCACAUAAACCACGUCGCCGGACACGAGAAGAAGAUGUGGUGUACCCUCUCUGGGACAACAAAAGAGGGGGCAAAGACCAUCCCUAGGUUUGUUCCGCUUGGUCACCUCUGUCCGUGAUGGGAUGCGAUCCCGCAGCAACUGCAAGGUGAAGAUCUUGAUCUCAAUGGUAAGGGUGCUUUCAACAAAGGAAAGGUCCAGGCGAUACGGCCACCGACAUAAGGCAUGAUACGCCAAGCCAACAGAAAAGAACCUUGAGGGUGUCAAACACCAAGAUACAACAUCUGAAUAGUUCCAGGAGUGCUGACAGAUCGCUGCCCGCAAGUUGGCCCACUCAAUGGUCCCCUUGGGUCCAAAUGCUAGCCGAGACAACACAUUCUACUGGCAAUUGUGAGCAACAGAGGAAACCAACAACAUCGGAUCCGAGGAGAUAGCAAACAAUAAUGGGAACUCCGUACAUAGCGGAGACCCGCCGACCCACGGAUCAAGUCAGAAGAGGGUCACAUCACCAUUGCCAGUAGAGAUAG